CUUUCGCUAUGGACGUACAACUUAGUGAGGAACAACUUGCAGAAUUUAAAGAAGCUUUUGAACUGUUUGAUAAAGAUCAUGAUGGUUCUAUUACAGUUAGAGAUCUUGGUUCUGUUAUGAAGUCUCUUGGUUAUACUCCCACCGAUGUUGAGUUACAAGAUAUGAUUAAUGAAGUUGAUCUCGAUCAUAAUGGUACAAUUGACAUUAAUGAGUUCUUAAAUAUGAUGAAUCGCAAGAUGAAAGAUACCGAUGCUGAAGAAGAAUUGAAAGAAGCCUUCAAGGUCUUUGAUAAAGAUAGCAACGGUCUCAUCUCCGCAGCUGAGUUGAAAAGCGUAAUGAGCAGCAUCGGAGAAAAGCUUACAGACGAAGAGAUUGACGAAAUGAUCCAUGAAGCCGAUGUUGAUGGUGACGGACAAAUCAAUUAUGAAGAGUUCGUCAAGAUGAUGAAAACUAAAUAA